CCGCGCUGUACUUCGGCUUGUGCGGCUUGGGCAAGAAGGUUUCCUGGCCUGUUGCAGCCAUGGUCCGUUGCAGUUGCGUGUUGUUCAGAAAGUAUGGAAAUUUCAUUGAUAACCUAAGACUCUUCACCAAGGGAGGAUCCGGUGGAAUGGGUUAUCCUCGUUUAGGUGGAGAAGGUGGAAAAGGUGGUGACGUCUGGGUUGUAGCCCGGAACAGAAUGACUUUAAAACAACUUAAAGACAAGUAUCGUCAGAAACGGUUUGUGGCUGGAGUAGGAGCAAACAGCAAAGUUAGUGCACUGAAAGGCUCCAAAGGAGAAGACUGUGAAAUCCCUGUGCCUGUGGGUAUUUCAGUAACUGAUGAAAACGGUAAAAUUAUAGGAGAACUCAAUAAGGAGAAUGACAGAAUUUUGGUAGCUGAAGGAGGUCUUGGUGGUAAAUUACUUACAAAUUUUUUACCAUUGAAAGGCCAGAGACGAAUAAUUCACCUUGAUCUAAAAGUUAUAGCUGAUGUAGGCCUAGUAGGAUUCCCAAAUGCUGGAAAAUCCUCUUUGCUAAGUUGUGUUUCUCAUGCAAAACCUGCAAUCGCAGAUUACGCAUUUACAACAUUAAAGCCUGAACUUGGAAAGAUUAUGUACCGUGAUUUCAAACAGAUAUCAGUAGCUGAUCUUCCGGGUUUAAUAGAAGGAGCACAUAUGAACAAAGGAAUGGGCCACAAAUUCCUCAAGCAUAUAGAAAGAACUAGACAACUACUUUUUGUUGUUGAUAUUUCUGGAUUUCAGCUUUCUUCUCACACUCAAUACAGAACUGCUUUUGAAACCAUAAUACUACUUACAAAAGAGUUGGAAUUGUACAAAGAGGAACUUCAGACAAAACCUGCACUCUUGGCAGUUAAUAAAAUGGACUUGCCAGAUGCCCAAAGUAAGUUCCAUGAAUUGAUGAACCAGCUCCAGAAUCCUAAAGAUUUUCUGCAUUUAUUUGGAAAAAACAUGACUCCAGAGAGGACUGUAGGGUUCCAACAUAUCAUCCCCAUAUCUGCAGUUACUGGAGAAGGAAUCGAAGAAUUAAAGAACUGUAUAAGAAAGUCACUGGAUGAACAGGCCAACCAGGAAAAUGAUGCACAUCAUAAGAAACAAUUGCUUAAUUUGUGGAUUUCUGAUACAGUGUCUUCUAGUGAGCCACCAUCAAAGCAUGCUGUUACUACUUCCAAAAUGGAUAUAAUUUAAAUAUAUUAAAAAUGGUGUUAAUGGAAUAGUUAUUUAAUGCUUAAAAACAAGGAAAUCCUUUCAUCUGUGAUAACCUGGAGGACAUGUUAAGUAAAAUAAGCAAGGCUUAGAAAGACAAAUACUGCAUAAUCUCACUUACAUGUGGAAUCUUAAAAAGUUGAACUCAUAGAAGGAGAGAACAGAAUUUGGUUAUCAAGGGCUGUUGGGGCAGUGGAGGAUUGAGGAGAUGGUCAAAAUAUGCAAAAUUUCGGUUAGACAAGGAAACUGAGUUCAAGAGAUCUAUUGUACAGCUUGGUGACUGUAACAACAAUGCAUUUUGAAAGUUACUGAGUACAUGUUAAGUGGUUUUUCC